AUGAAGAUAGAAUUCGUUUUCUUGCUUGUGGCUUCACUGGCACAAAUUGUGACAGCAGAUGAAGAAUGGAUGGAAGAGUGCAAGAACCAGAGCGAAAAAAUUGUCAUUCACUCGGUUGAUGGCUACUGGAAAAACUUUUCGAGUGAUGUGACGUCUCAGCAAGAUCAUUCGCUCCAUCGAAAGCUCACGUGCACCGCUGAUGCAGACGAUUUCGCGUUUGUUCGAAUAAAUGACAAAAUGGAUUCACCGUCAGACACAAAAACUAUCACUUGUGGAGAGGAGCGUAAAUGGUUGUACAACGAUGAAGUCGUUGUCUCUGUUGGAUGCCACACGAGCCCACGGGCAAAUUGGCUCCAAAAGUCCGAAGAAGAGCAAAAGAUUCAAAGCUGGAUGGCCGUGAAUCACGGAACUGUAGAGGAUCAAAAGGAUUGGACAUGGGGCAGCUCCCAGUCUGAACAAAAAAAGAAAAUGCAGCAAAUGGCUUUGGAUAUCCAAAAUCUCUUGGUUAACACCGAUAAUAUAAUCAGAAAGCAAGUCGCCGUUCUACCGGCAGCCUAUGUGAAUGCUUAUGGGGAAAAACAGGCCCUCUCAGAGGACAACUACUACAUGAAAACGGAUCACAACCUGAUGCAAAUGAAGAAAUCAGACAUUACUUUCAAGAUGAAUUCAAAUCGACAGAACGUCACGACGGGAUCCAAUCGC